AUGGCGGGCUUUCAUCCCUUCGAAGUGACGCCUGCUCAUUUGGCAUACACCUUAUUGGGUGGUUUCGUUGUUGUCUUUGGUAUGCUGUCUCUGUUUCUGAAGGAGAAGUUGUACAUAGGUGAAGCUCCGUUAGCAACAGCGGUCGGAAUAAUCAUCGGACCACAUUGUUUGAAAUUGUUCGAUCCUGCGAAGUGGGGAGGGAAUCACGAUGAAGUGACGGAUGAAAUCACAUUAGAGGUGACGAGGGUGGUCAUAUCCAUCUCGGUCUUUGCUGUAGGAGUUGAAUUGCCAAAGGCGUAUAUGAAACGCCAUUGGAGAUCUCUUUUCUUCCUCUUAGGACCCUGUAUGGUUUGGGGCUGGAUGGUAUCUGCAUUGCUCAUGUGGGCUUUGAUACCAGGACUAAACUUUCUUGGAGCAUUGGUCAUCGCAGCAGGAGUAACACCGACCGAUCCCAUCUUAGCUCAAGCAGUCGUUGGUGGUAAAUUCGCAGACAAACACGUUCCAACACACAUUCGUCAUCUUCUCUCUGCGGAAUCUGGCAGUAAUGAUGGUGCCGCCUUCCCUUUCUUAUAUAUCGCUCUGUAUGUGAUGCUCGAUAAAAGUCCAGGUCAUGCAGUUGGCGAAUGGUUUUAUAUGACUUGGCUGUACGAAAUUGUACUUGGAGUGUUGAUCGGGACAAUCCUUGGUUUCUGUGCACGAAAAUUCAUGAAAUUCGCGGAGAGGAAGCGGUUGGUCGACAGACAGUCUUAUGUUGCCCAAUACGUUAGUUUAGCGGUUUUAUCAAUGGGUAUGACUGCUCUUCUGGGAAGUGAUGAUCUUCUUUCUGCUUUUGCUUGUGGUUGUGCUUUCGCCUGGGAUGGUUACUUCAACAAAGCCACUGAGGAUGCUGUGUUCUCCAACGUCAUCGACUUGUUAUUCAAUUGCGCUGCUUUCAUUUACAUUGGUGCCAUCAUCCCUUUCGGAGAGUGGAACGUCCCAGAACUCCGAGUAUGGCGAUUAGUUGUCCUCGCUAUCUUAAUCCUCUUGUUACGACGUCUGCCUGUGAUUGUCGGACUGUACAAGUUCAUUCCUGAUAUCAAGACUUUCAGAGAGGCUGUUUUCAUCGGAUGGUUUGGACCCAUGGGUGUUGGAGCUAUUUUUAUCUCUACAUUAGCUAGAACCAGUAUUCCCGAAGGAUUUGCCGAUAAAGACACCGCAUUAGUGGAACGAGUGAGAGAAGUGAUUGGUCCGAUCACAGCGUUCUUAGUGUUAUCGUCAAUUGUAACGCAUGGAUUCUCAAUUCCUUUCUUCUCCCUCGGUCGACGAGUGCACAGUAUCACUUAUACCCGGUCUCGUGCUCUUUCCAUGGACUCGCGAGCCGACGAGCCUGCUUGGACGACUCACGCUCGAAGAAUUAUACCAGGUCAACAGAUUACCAUCAAUCGAGAUGACGAUCCGGAAGAGGGAGACAUGGGAGUUCAGAGGAGGGAUUUCAGUAAUGAAAAAUUCAACGGAGAGAAAGUUGGUUCACGAGACAGUGGCGGCAGCUCUAGCUCUCGAACCAUGCCGCCUGGAGAAGAUAUCGAGAUGAGGGAGUCGUCAUACAAGAUUACCGAAUCUCCACGCGAAGACGUAGCGCACGAAGGAGAAGCGGCCGAUUUAAGUCGUAAAGACUCGAAAGAAGGUAGAGAAUCGAUGCUCAGUAGGCGAUCUAGAUCCUCGUCCCAAAGAAGCUCCAUUGACCAUCGCGACCGUCAUGGUGGUGGCUCUGAUGAAGAUGGUAGAAGAGAAUUGAGGCAAGAGGGAGAAGGAAGUCAUAGAGAGGCCGAAAAUGAAGCUGAGAGAGAAGAGGAAAAAGGAGACGAGGAGAUUGGAGACAAACAAGGAGGAGGUAGCCGCACGCCGCCUGUGGCCGAAUAUCGCGAAGGUCAUCAUCUUAUCAUUGAGAGGAAGAAGCAGGGUACUGAUGAGGUCGAGGUUGAAGUCAUCCGCAAUCAUUUCCACGAUGAUAAGCCCAGCGAAAAAGACGUGUUCACCCAUCCUCAUCGGCUGAAACACAGAGAGCUGGACAAAAUGCUCCACAUGCUUCCCCGAUCACUCGAACAUGCUACAUCCCACGUACGAGAUGAAGGUAAGGAAGCGGUAGAUCGACUUGGACUUGGUUUGAUGCGUGGCGGUAGCACACCUAGUUUGGUUGAACAUGAUCGUCAACUGGAAGCCUCAACGUCUCGUGGAAGUGGACAAGGUCGAGAAGUUGAGAACGAUUACGAAGAUGCCGUCUCUGAUACUGAAGAAGAUCCAGAAUCCCCUGGAUUUGGGUCUAGAUCAGGAUCAGGAUCUUUCUCACAACAUAUACAUUCGAGAAUUCCAGCUAUUAGACUUCAGAAGAAUAAAAAGAAAACGUCUCUCGGAGCCCGACUGUUUGGUAGGAAGAGCAGUAGUAGUAGUAAUCGGUCAGGAUCGGGAAGCAGUGCAUCAAGAGUUGAAGAAGGAAGACAACCGCCUAAUCCAUCAUUGUUAUCACCUCCAGCUUCGGGAUCUAGAUCAAAACCGAUUGUGUCCGAACCUGAACGAAUGAACUCGCAGGAAUCAAGAGGCAUUCCAUUGAGCCGAACCAUAUCAGCGUCCAGAAGUCCAGCCAUCAGGUUCGCCCCAGAUGUGGAAUCUUCUUCAGAAACAGCUCCUACCUUCAAUAAUUACGGUGCCACAGCACCUGGUUUCAGGAAGAAUCCAGCUCUGGCAAUGUACAGAUCAGCUUCGGUUCAAUCAACAGGCUCAAAUAGGGGUGAAGGUCCAAGUGUAUCUUUUGUUGAACCAGAUAGGAAACGGUGA